AGCUAGCAGCAGCGGCGGCGCAGCCAUGUCUAAGGCGACGGGAAAGCUUCGGCAGGACAAGUUCUACCGCCUCGCCAAGGAGCAAGGUUACCGUAGUCGCGCGGCCAUGAAGCUGCUCCAGCUCGACAGAAGCUUCAGCUUCCUCCCGACGGCGCGCGCCGUGCUUGACCUUGGGGCCGCGCCUGGAGGGUGGGUCCAGGUGGCCGUGACCGACGCCACCGCCGGGGCCCUCGUCGUCGGCGUCGACCUCAAGCCCAUCUGGCCCAUCCGUGGCGCGCGCCUCCUCAGGGAGGACAUCACCGCCACCGCCAGGUGCAGCGCAGCCGUGCGGAGGCUCAUGGACUCCAAGGGCGUUACCGCGUUCGACGUCGUUCUCCACGAUGGGAUAGGACGAAAUAACAAGAGAAAGCGCGAUGGGGCUCACAAGACAACCAGGCAGUCAGCGCUCGUCAUCGAUGCCGUACGCCUAGCAACCAUGUUCCUCGCUCCCAAAGGCACCUUCAUCACCAAGUUCAUUGGGCCUCAUGAUUUCACAGCUAUCAUGUUCUGUCUCAAUCAGCUAUUUGAGAAGGUCCAGGUGGCUAAACUUGAGGCAAGUCGGUCCAUGUUGCCUGAACAUUAUUUUGUCUGUCUGGAAUAUAAAGCCCCCGCAAAGAUUCAACUAGUACUUUUUGAUCUAAAUCACAUGUUAAAUGCGAGUCUAAAAAACAAGCCCAGGGAUGAAGUUCGUAAUUCUAUGGAGACCAAAUCGAGGGGGAUCACUAUGCAUGGAAGCUUUCCAUCCUGGAAAGCUUGGAACGCUGGUCGAGCUUUAGAUUUCAUAUGGUCUGAGGCCCAGACAAUGCAGGAGUUACUUGUUUCUUUUAUGGGAGUUUCAUUUGAGGAUCCAGAAUCUCUGCCUAUCAAGAAUCAUGAGCUUACAACUGAAGAGAUACAGAUGUUCUGUGAGAAUUUGGAUAUCCAGGAUAAAAAAAACCUUAAAUCAUAUCUGGGAAUGGCGCAUGCGCAUAAGGAAAGCACUGUCUUCAUGUUCACCAGUGAUACCAAAGCCUGAUGUUACUGCGGUGGAUGCUAAGGUCAAAGAUGAUGGCCAACCUGUAGACAAAACGGAAGAAUUUACAAGCAUCAUUGAUAGAAAGACAAGGGAGAAGUGUGAAUCAAGCUGUCGUG